GCGUAGAAAUCUACGGAGGAAUGGAUGGAAGAUUCGAGUUAAUUUUGCGAAGGGUUCUCGCAGCAUCAGGCCAGUGGCAGCAGCCUCUUCCAUUGCAAUUAUUGAUAGUUGUAGUCGCAGACGUCAAGCAGAGAGAGAAAGAGAGAAUAGAAGACUGAAAGUGUUCAGUUCGCUUGAGUUGUUGCUCGCAUUCUAUUAGAAUAUCAGAACAAAGCACCCAUCAUCACGAUCGAUUGCUGGGUCAAGCAAGAAUACUAUCUACCGUUAUACCUCAAAGAAAAGCAACGAAGAAGAGCGCUGCAUCGAAUCUGUGGUUCACUAGGUCUGUUUAUCACCCAGUUACCAUAAUAUUCUCUGUUACUUUCACACUAGACUACCAAGUAUAGUCCAUCAGCAAGAAGCAAGCAACAACACUCCCACUGCUAACGCAACAAUACAAAACAAAUCAAACACAAGACAAGACAAACCAACAUACAGAAUAAGAGUCGCCAUGUCAGCCGCUGAAGACACUACUCCCGAAGUAGCCCCCGAGGCAACAACCACAACGACAACUUCAGAAGAAAGAAAUACCUAUGGGUACACUCACUUGGAUGAUCUAGAUCUGCCGCCCUAUCGCAUUCACGCCACCAAUCGCAAAUCCGCUUCCAAUCUGCAAAUUCCGCCGGGAACAGGAACGCAAUCCCAACCCAAACGGUUUUCUCUCGAUAGCUCCAAGGCUCGUUCCCGCAGUCGUUCUCCUUCGUGGCGUUCCGCCAGCAAGGAUCGUUCGACAAUGACCACUCAAGAUGGCAAUUCCUCGCUUUCCAGUUUGGAAGAAUUCGUGGAUCCCGAUAUCCUCUACGACAAGUUGGGAUUUGUCGAACUCGAAGCCAAAUCCAAGGGCGAUUAUCACCAGAAUAGUCACUCGUACACAUUUGGUGGCGACUCUAGCAGUGGUCUGAACAAUCGACCCAACAAUUUGACACCCGUCUCGGAACGCAUGUCCGAAGAUACCCUAGAGGAUGUACACGCCUUUUCCGAUCUCAGUGCCAAUACCAAUACGCGACCAUCGUCGUCGGUAGGGACCGGAGGAUCCACCGUAUGUGGAGAAGUAUCCAGUCAUGUACUCGAGCCACUGGACGAAGGAGACGAAGACGACUUGGAGUCGGACAAUGAUAUUGGUGUCGUCGAAAAGAUUGAAAUAGAAACCGAACAAACACAAGUCAUCUUGACAAAUUUGGAAAAUAUCUCUCUACAAGAUCAUGACGAAGAUGAUGAAAGGUUGAUUCAACAGUCCAACAGCAACAGUAAUGCAGGAGUGCCGCCGGCUUCCGUUCCAGAAGAAAAUCAAGAAGAAGAAGAAGAAGAAGAAGAAGCUUCAUAAGAAUUGCAAAAACUGCAGUGAUAUGGAGGGGAUUUCUAAAAAUGUGUGUGUUGUUUUUGUUGUUGUUUGGUGGAGGAAAUGGAAUUUGAUGGAAGGGAAGAAGCCUCUCUCUUGUUGGUCGGUCGGGGUCUCGUUUUCUUGUUGUUUGCUCAGUGGCGUGCACAACCGCAACUAAUUGGUCUAUCGAUUGAUUGAAUCAAUCCGAUUCAUUCUGAUGGAUGGAUGGCGCACUCGUAGGCAAUCUACAAAAUUUGUCAAUGGCCGUGCCUGGCUCGAUGUUUGUUUUCUUGACGAAACCAAAUGUUGUUCAUUGCUGGGCAACUGCAUGUUGGCGAGCGAGUUCGUUGCGGUGGCAUAGAGAACGCUGAUGCUUGCCUUUCGUACUGAAAGCAACGAAGAAAGAGACUCGACAAAGGGCGGAGACAAUGGAUGAUGGCUUCGUUUUGGAUGUUAUACAAGUUGGAAAAUUAAAAACGUGGAUUACUCUCUGUGUCGUUGUUAUUAUUUGUGCGGUGAUGCCUGAUGGAAUGAAUUGCAUUUACUAGUACAUACAUAUAAGAAUAAAUAGGAUUUUGCAUGCGAC